AUGUUCGAAAACGUCGCUUCCAUUUCGACGUUGACCUGGUACAAAGGAGAUGUUGAGGUUAUAAGGCCAAUCCCUGGCUGGGAGGAUGCUUUGAGAGGCGAAAUGGAGAGGGAUCUAUCUAGAGAUACACCCUACGAAGAACUGGCGAACAAAGUCUUGAAACCGUAUGUGGUUGGGAGGGGCAUAGAUCUGCUGAAAGAUCCUUCCAAACCGUUUGUGAAAAUCACUUUGAUCCCUGAUCAGACUAGACCCAAAGAACGAUUUGCACUACUAGUCUCUCUGGCCCAUUGUGUUGGAGAUGGGCAUACCUUUUACACCCUUCACAACAUGCUGGAUUCAACCCGCCCUGUUAUCGCCCUGGUCCCAAACAGAAAGGCCCACGUCCUGGACGAUAUUGCAAAGGUACUGGGUGGACCCCUCUACGCAUCCUCUCUAUCAAAUCCACCGGUAGGAUUUAUCUUUCGAUUCUUUAAGGGCAUGUUUGUCUCUUCUGUUUUUGGACCCAAGACAGAAGUGCGCUUAUUUUGGAUUGACGAAAACUGGAUACAGCAAGAAAAGGAACUCGCUCAAAAGGACAUCACCGAGGGCUACGUGAGUACCAACGACGUCGUUACCGCCAGGUUCUUUGAAUGCACACAAGUAGAUGAGGGAAUCAUGGCUAUCAACUUUCGUGGAAAGAUUGACAACUGUCUGGACGUAGAUGCGGGCAACUAUUUCAACUACCUGGUUUGUCGUCCCUCUGACUACUCCAGCGCUCAUAUCAGAAGAUCCGUCCAGAAGACGCAAAACAACACUCCUCUGAAGCCUCAAAGCAAACCCUUGACUAGCUGGGAGCACCUGACGAGUAGAAGCUUUUAUGGGGCAACAUCCAAUUGGAGCACCUUUUGUAUGCCCGUCUCAUUACCAAACUGUGAAGAAGAACUGCACGUUCCCGUGCUGCCUACGGAUUCCAUCUCGUGCCCAGCGUCCUUUGUCACGGGGCUUUUCUUGUUUCGACCAGGAGCCUCCAAACGAGUGGCUGCCAUGUUUGCGGGACACCCCAGAGCAUUGGAGGCGGUCAAGGCCAGUGGCAUGAUGGGUGAGGAUGUCUACUCCUGUGACAAGCACAGCCUGUAA